GCCCGGUGCUGCUGCAGUGGUGGCGGGGGGGCAGGCUGGCGGGGGAACUGGCGGUGCCCAAGACCCUGCACGGCCCUCUCUACAAUGACGGCACCUUCGCCCCGGGAGCCGCCUGGGCCCCCGAUGAGAGCGCGGUGGUGUAUGUGGCGGAGACCCCCUCCCCCGAGCGCACCCCUGCCUGGUGCGGCCCCGACUCCCUGCCCCCCGACGCCGCCGCGCCCCGCUCCUGGCGUGGGGUGGGUGGUGCCGCGGAGGACUGGGGCGAGCAGCACACCGGGCGGCGGGCGCCGGGGCUGUUCGUACUGGAUAUCAGCGGCAGGAGGGUGGUAAAGGUCCCCGGCCUGCCCGAGGACCAUUCCUUCGGGCAGGCCGCAUGGGGUCCCCCACCUCCCGCCGCCACCGUCACUCCUCCUGCUGCUGCUGCUGCCGCCGCCGCUGCUGCCGCCGCUGCCGCUGCCGCCGGGGAAACAGCUACCAGCCCCAGCAGCAGCAGCAGUCCCUGCAGACCUACGGAGGGGGCAGCGGCAGCGGUACCAGCAACACCAGCAACAUCAGCAACACCAGCAGGCGGAGAAGCCAUCCCGGCAGUGCCUGCAGUACCGGAGGAGGGGGUGGAGGCGGGCGAGGGCGAGGGCGGAGUGCUGUUGGGCAGUCUGGUGUGUGUGGCCUGGCCGCACCGCCCCCCGCCCUCCUUCCCCCGGCUGGCGGCGGGAGGGGCGACCAGGAAGCUCGGCAUUGUGUUUUGCUACAACCGCUCGGCUCACUUGUACGGCAUGGCUGUACGGCGGGGGAAGGAUGGGUCCCUGCUCUUCUCCCCCUCCUGCUCCCCCCGGCGUCUCGCCCCCUCCCUGGACAGCUGCCUGAGCCCGCUGUUCGCCCCCGGGGGUGACCACCUGGUGUUCCUGUCGCAUCAGACGGCGGUGGAGACGGGCACCCACGGGGGUACGGCACGCUUGUACCGCCUGGACUGGUCACCCGAGUCCUGCGCCCCCGCCCGAGAGGAGCCUCAGCUGCUGGUGGAGGUGGUGGAGCGACCCGCGGGUCACCUGCCGGGGGGCGGCGCCUUCCCCGGCCUCUACACAGCCAACCUACCGGAGCAGGGGUUCGUAGGCCCCCACACGCUGCUGCUGAACACCCAGUGGGGUGCGGUCAACACCGUUGCAGCCGUGGACACAUCCCCCCCGCCCUCACCCUCCUCUCCGCUGCCACCUCCCACCCCCCUCACACCUGUUCCUAGCACCAGCAGCAGCAGCACCACCACCACCCUGGCUAGCUGGACGCUGCUGGGUGCAGGCGGGGGGUGGUUGGUGGCGACCCGGGCGGCGCCUGACAGGCCACCGGAGGUGUACGUGGCGAGAAUGCCGUCCGACCCCACCCGCCUCACCUGCCCCUCCGCCGGCCCGCAAUCCCUCCGCUGGCGACUGCUGGAUGUGGGCAGUCCGGGUGUGACCAGCCUGCGGGGGCCGCCCCCGCCUGCUGCCGCCGCUGCUGCCGCUGCUGCUGCUGCUCUUGGGGAUGCUGCUAGGGCGGAGGGCGUGUCGGCGACGGCUGGAAGUUCAGUUGCUGCUGUUGCUGCUGACGUCAUCAGCGGCGGCAGCGGCAGUGGCGGCACCACAACCGGGGCGCUGUACGGCGAUCUGCCUGUUGUCGUACGGGAGGCGUUACAGGAUCUUGAAUACCAGGUGCUGUCCGUGAUCCCCCGGGAGGGCGGCAGUGACCCCUUCGACUGCCUCGUGUGGGCGCCCAGGAGCAGGCGGGGCCCCCUCCCUGCCGUGCUGCUCCCCCACGGCGGCCCCCAUGUCGCCGUCACCCUCUCCUGGUUCCCGCCGUACGCCUACCUGGCCGCACUCGGGUAUGUCGUACUGGCGCCCAACUACCGCGGCAGUUCGGGGUACGGGCAGGCGGCGCUGGCGGCACUGCCCGGGGCCAUCGGGAGGAGGGACGUGGGGGAUUGCAUGGCGGCGGUGCAGGCGGCGGUGGAG